CCCGGCACCGAUCAGUUCGUUCACGCGUGUGCACGUGCGGUCGAUGGGAAUUAAUCGCUUCUCAUGCUCCGCGCGCACGACGCACCGCGCUUCAUCGGUUUUUCCCAGAGCGACGCGAUUUCCGAGCCGAUACCUCUCGCUUCCUCGUAAAUAAGAUCCGGCGCGACGGGGGAGAGGAUGUACAAUUUCGCCGGAUGAAUACUGAAACGGCGUUGUACGUCGCACCUCGGCGAUCGGCGUCGCGCUCCUCAUGAUGAGAAUACCAGUCACCAGCGACCGUGAUAGCACAAAGAGAGGAAAAGCGAAGCACUGGUCCACCGGAAGGACGACGGUCGGCAUGAGAGCCACUGAUAAGCAGAAGGGCGCGUGCCAAGGGUUCGCAUCUGCCGUAGUUGGUUUUACAGCCCCAUGUCCCUCUCUGGCAAGGGAAGGCCGCCACCAUCGUCAGCAUCGCCGUCUCACGUAUGCCAGUCUCCGGUUACAAAAAAAAGGGAACGAAGAAACGAAAGAGGGAGGAACGUUUCCGCAGGAAGCUCCGCCAGGAUCCCUCUUUCGCCCCUCGUCGAACGCCCUUUCUCGUGAACGCGCGGACGAGCCGCAGCGGCGGAUAAUCGUAUGUGCGAGUCGUAUGCAAUUAUUGCGCUCGAAGGAUCAGAGCGAGCGGAGGAUAGCUUUUUUACCUCGCAUCGCGAUCACUGUGAUUUCGCAUUGCCAACAAUUUACCCUCGCGCGUCCGAGAACAGUACCGCGUCCGUGCACCUCGAUGAGUAUCCUCGACGAGAAUUAUGCGAGUCGCGGCUAAGUGAACGCCGCGAUUACUUAUUAGCCGCACGUAACUAAGUCGGGCACAAAAACGCGAAUUGAUCCUUGGCGAGCGUCGCAAAAACUGAAUGAGCGGCAAAUGAGAUAUCAGCGGCAAAUGAGACGUCGAAUGGAAAGAUACGCGAUGAGUUAUUUAGAUAAAUAAUAAUUCAUAUUUAGAUGGAAAGCUAUAAUUUAAAGCUAUUCCUCUAUCUUGAAGAUUAAUAAAUUAAAUUAAAAAUCGCGCCCGAUAUUCUCAAUUUCGACUUCACAUUACUAGCUUGUGCCAGCGAGGGAAAAUUUUUGAAAUUUCCCUAUAAGCGCUACAAUAUUUUUAGAAUA